AUGAUACUUAUUGGGGCGAUGUUUGUGAUUAUGUACUCCGAUGUCAAUCGUUUACCAUCAACCCCAUAUGUUUUGGCUCGUAUUGCGUCCAUGUUAAGUACAAAUGGCGACUGUGAGAUUUGUGGAGAUGUCCUUCGCACAUUAGAUUCUUUUCAGUACGCAUUGUCUACACCACUUCUUCGAGCAACGGAGGGUUAUGAUAAACCCCAGAGUGCAUUUCUGCGUGCAUGUGAGGAAAACCCGAGCAGUUUUGGUUGUGAUACCGCAUUGGAUAGAAAUAGAGCGGAGAAAAUAAAAAGAGUCGCUGUGGUAAUCUCGCGGGUGGAGCAGUACUUCGCAUCGCAAGAACCCCGCGGAGCCGCAUUACUUCAUCGUCGAUAUGAUGAAUUUGUGGAAUAUCUUCUUGCAGAAAAAGAACAGGAGGAGUGUACAACAUGUAUUGCAGAUGAUGGACUAUCACCACGAUUAGUAACCAAUCCACUUACAGAAUCAUUUCUUGGUAAUAUGUGGUUUCAUUUUUUUCCUAUAAAUGAACGACAUCAGGCAUUUUGUUGGCAACAUUGUGAAGGAUCUCUUGCUAUUGGAGAUAGAUUUCGUUUAUGGUUACUACGCUUUUACGUCACUUAUGCUGUGCGAUUUCGAUUAAUGGCAUUACAACGGGAGUAUGGAACCAUUGUAUGUGUACUAUUACAAUUUACAUUACUACUUGCAGUUUUACAAACAUAUGUUGGAGAAGAAAGAGCAACCACACCUGGAUCUGGAGGAGGAGGAGGAGGAAAGAAUAAUAAUAAUAAUAGUGGUGUUGGUAAUAAUAGUAAUAGUGGUGGGAAUGGUGGUGGUAGUUUAAAUGCGGUGGGGAAUGGCCACACGGAAGUAAGUGCGGCUGUUCCGGUCUCGGCAAGGGCAGGCGCACGCCGUAGUGUGUUGGCACGUGGUAAAGGGGGUGGUGGUAAAAGAGAUUAA